AUGGGUCUCUUAGAUAUCGUUCCCGCUGGUGUCGUUACUGGUGACAAUGUGAAGAAGCUUUUCGACUAUGCUCACGAGCACAACUUUGCCAUUCCCGCCAUUAACUGUACCUCCACCAGUACUGUCAACGCUGCUCUCGAAGCUGCCAAGAAGAACCGUUCUCCCAUCAUCAUCCAAUUCUCCAACGGUGGUGCUGCUUUCGUUGCUGGUAAGGCUAUCGAUAACAAGAACCAAGAAGCUUCCAUCCUUGGUGCUGUCUCUGGUGCUCAAUACGUUCGUUCCAUUGCUAAGGCUUAUGGUGUUCCCGUUCUCGUUCACUCUGAUCACUGUGCCAAGAAGCUCCUUCCUUGGUUCGAUGGUAUGCUCGCUGCUGAUGAGGAAUACUUCAAGGCCCACGGUGAGCCUCUUUUCUCUUCUCACAUGUUGGAUCUCUCUGAAGAGCCCAUGGAAGAGAACAUUGAAAUCUGUCUCAAGUAUCUUAAGCGUAUGGCACCCAUGAAGUGUUUCCUCGAAAUGGAGAUUGGUAUCACUGGUGGUGAGGAAGAUGGUGUCGAUAACUCUGAUGUCGACAACUCUGCUCUUUACACUCAACCCGAGGAUAUCUGGGAAAUUUACCGUCGUUUCUCUGAGGUCUCUCCUCUCUUCUCCAUUGCUGCUGCUUUCGGUAACGUUCACGGUGUCUAUGCUCCUGGUAACGUCAAGCUCCACCCCGAGCUUUUGGGUAAGCAUCAAGCUUAUGUCAAGGAACAACUCAAGGGUAAGUCUAACAAGCCCGUCUACUUUGUCUUCCACGGUGGUUCCGGUUCCACUCUCGAAGAAAUCAAGACUGCUCUCAGCUUUGGUGUUGUCAAGAUGAACAUUGAUACUGAUACUCAAUGGGCUUACUGGAAGGGUCUCCGUGAUUUCUACGAGAAGAACAAGGGCUACCUUCAAAGCCAAGUUGGUAACCCCGAAGGUCCCGAGAAGCCAAACAAGAAGUACUAUGAUCCUCGUGUCUUCAUUCGUGCUGCUGAAGUUACCAUGACCGAUCGUAUCAUCGAAGCCAUGGACAACCUCAACAACAAGAACGUUUUGUAA